CAGUCUACCAGUGCAGGUUCCAGCCUUCCACCCCCACCCAGUUGCAGGAUGUCGAUGACAGACGUGCUCAGCGCUGAGGACAUCAAGAAGGCAGUGGGGGCCUUUGCCGCUGCUGACUCCUUCGACCACAAAAAGUUCUUCCAAAUGGUCGGCCUGAAGAAAAAGACCCCCGACGAGGUGAAGAAGGUGUUUCACAUCCUAGACAAAGACAAGAGCGGCUUCAUUGAGGAGGAUGAGCUGGGAUUCAUCCUCAAAGGCUUCUCCUCAGAUGCCAGAGACCUUUCUGCUAAAGAAACCAAGACGCUGCUGGCCGCUGGAGACAAGGAUGGGGACGGUAAAAUUGGGGUCGAAGAAUUCUCCACCCUGGUGGCUGAAAGCUAAAAGGGGUUGACUCCCCCGGCCUUCCACCUCUCUGCCCCCAACACCUGAGCUCAGCCCCUCUCGCCGCCCUCCCGCGUUCUGUUCAGUUUGUUUAUGUUAUUUUUUACUCCUCCCGUCCCCUGCGGCCCUCGGAUGACACUGUUCUUCUGGAAAAUGCUGGAGAAAUAAUAAAGGCUGUACCAGUC